CGUUAAACCCUACCGCUGCUCUCGUCACCAUCUCUCCGACUCACCCCUCUGUCCUCGCAAGCCGCCGCCGGCCAAGUCCUGUCCCUCUCCCUUGUCUGGUUCGGAUCGUCGUUGCUAGCCAGGUGCUGGAUCCGUAGCGGCGGCGGCGGCCAUGGACAAGAGCAUGCUCGGCGACCUGGACGGCCUCCCCGAGGAGGACAAGAUGCGGAUGGCCGCCAUGAUCGACCAGCUCCAGAUCCGCGACAGCCUGAGAAUGUACAAUUCGCUGGUGGAGAGGUGCUUCACGGACUGCGUGGACACGUUCCGGCGCAAGAACCUGGACAAGCAAGAGGAGUCGUGCGUCCGCCGGUGCGCGGAGAAGUUCCUGAAGCACUCCAUGAGGGUCGGCAUGAGGUUCGCCGAGCUUAACCAGGGUGUGGCCACGCCGGACUAAGAAACACGCUGCCGCUGGCUGGCUGCUCUCGUUGCGCGCCCGCCGCCAGGUUUCUGGCUUUCGCUGGCACAGAUUUGUAGCCGACAAAAGGAUUUCAGCACUUCCCCUGCCUGAGAUAUAUGCGUUUUAGAGCCGAACGCUGGGUGUCAGAUUGAAUAAAAACUGCCUUGAG